UGUGGACUGAAGUGUGUCUCUUCCAGGUUCCCGUGUGGAGCUCCAACUCCAGUGGAAUGAGUGAAGAUACGCAACAGCAGAUCAUCAGGGAGACUUUCCAUUUGGUGUCUAAGCGGGAUGAGAAUGUGUGUAAUUUCCUAGAAGGAGGAUUAUUAAUCGGAGGCUCUGACAACAAGCUGAUUUAUAGACAUUAUGCAACACUAUAUUUUGUCUUCUGUGUGGAUUCCUCAGAAAGUGAACUUGGCAUUUUAGACCUAAUUCAAGUAUUUGUGGAAACAUUAGAUAAAUGUUUUGAAAAUGUCUGUGAACUGGAUUUAAUAUUCCAUGUAGACAAGGUUCACAAUAUUCUUGCAGAAAUGGUGAUGGGGGGAAUGGUAUUGGAGACCAACAUGAAUGAGAUUGUUACACAAAUUGAUGCACAAAAUAAACUGGAGAAAUCUGAGGCUGGCUUAGCAGGAGCUCCAGCCCGUGCUGUAUCAGCUGUAAAGAAUAUGAAUCUUCCUGAGAUCCCAAGAAAUAUUAACAUUGGUGACAUCAGUAUAAAAGUGCCAAACCUGCCCUCUUUUAAAUAAAAUAUUAAAAAGGCCACUCCCAGGUAAAAUCCAGAGGGAAAGUCAUCUAAGUUUACCAUGCAGUUGUUUACCAAAAAUAGAGGAGGAGAGUCUUAACUUUGCUCUUGGAUUUAAGUCAAGGUACUGUAUAGAAGCUGCAUAAAAUCAGUAUGGAAGUUCAAUGUUACUUUUCUUGCUCAGUGAUUUGAAAGAAAUUGAGUAGUUCCAGUGUGAUUUUUUUUUUCUUUUCUAAAUUACAUUCCUAUGCCCACAUAAAGGCAUGCCUCUAUAUAUUGGCUAUUACAGUAUUUCGAAAAGUGAGAUGUUUCUUUAAUUAUGUACAACCCAAAAUGUUGAUGUUUUGUAUGGAUCACAAGUGCAGCAUUCUCUAGUUCUUUCUGCUGUUUGUCACAAUUGUUAUUUAAAGAACCAAGUAUGUAUUGCAUGAAAACAUGACCUUUUCCUUAGUUUAAAUAAACUCCAAGGUAACUGGA